CAGCAAGAUGAAGACUUUCCUAAUGACCAGUUUGUGCAUCGCCUUGGCUUUUGCCACGGAUUCAAAAUCGACAGCAAGUUCGAGUAAAAAGGAAAAAAGGGGUGUUGCAUUUUUUGGACCUGCAGGUUACGAUCUAUAUGGAGUGGUACCAGGUUUUGGAACUGGAUGGGCUUCAACUAGUUUCGGACCUUCGCCUUGGGACUCAUCAUUAUCUUCUGAUUUAGCUCUAGGCCAAAUUCAACUUCAAGCAACACAUAACGUGGCUCUUCAAGCACUGAAUGACGAUCAUCAAAUUGGAACACCAAGUAUUGCCUAUCCUCCAGAAAUUUUGAAAACAAUUCAGCAAGCAAAGGAAGCAAAUCACAACGUUCUCGUGGCUCAGCAGAGAGUUGCGGAAGCAAAACAGACAACUAUUCUUCAACAAAAAAUUGCAUUAGCCAGAGAAGCUGCAGCGCGUGAAGCAGCACAUAGAUCAGCAGAAAUUUCUGCUCAUGCGCAAGCUGAAGCGAGAGCUAGUGCCAAACAACUAGUGGCUCUUCAACAGAGACUUGCUACUCUUAAAGAUUCUGUGGCUGCAGCUCAACGAGUAGCGGCUGCCAGAGAAGCUGCUGCAGCUGCAGCAAUUCAACGAAAUGCAUCUGACACUGCUGCAGAAUUAAGAAAACAGGACGUCGACAAACAAAUUCAUACUAGUGAAAGAGAGGCCAAGGCUAGAGAUCUGAUAGCUGCCAAAGAAAAUGCCAUCGCCAGUGCUCUCCAGCAUUCAACAGCAGAAAAGCCUGCUCAUCAGCCUUGGGGAUAAUUUUUAAGAAUUGACUAUACAACUAUAUAAUAUGUAUUUUACGAACGCCAUCUUAGAAUACUAAUUAAUAUCUAGUAUCCUGUAACGGUUGUUCUCUAUAGGCAUGUUAUACAUAAUAUAUAUUUUAAUGUUAUAAUUAUAAUCGGGAAAUAUUUUGAGUCUUGAAAAACUAAAACUUUGUCAAUUGCUAAUUGUACUUUCUCUCUAGAUUUAUUG